GCUUCCUGCGUCCACACUUCACAGAAGAACAAACACGCGGCGCGGCGCGGCGUCAGCGUGCGUAUUCGUGUGUCGAACCCGAACCGAGCGCGACGUGAUAACUUUCCACGAAAAUAGUGAUAAACAGUGAAUUCGUUCGGAAAUAUUUAAUACAAUAAGCAGUAGAAAAAAUGUCCGAAGUACCUAACUAAAUAUUACAACAAUAUACUUCAUUAUAUCAAGAUACCAACAAUAAAGGUAUUGCAUCACUAAGAUGUCAAAUGUCGAGAUGACUCUAGACAACAAUAUGAAUAAAACUGACAAUCAUAAAGAUGAGGUCAAACAAAACGGAAUUGAUGUGGAAAGAGGCAAUUUUAAAAAACCAGAACCGAGUAAUAUACCUUGGAGUAAGAUAAUUGUCGUGAUGUUGGCUUUGGCAGUCCUCGUGGCUGCGUGUGCAGUGACCUGGAUAUUCCAGGAUUGGCAGACAAGUCUCCAAGUGUUUGCCAUUCUGGUUGUGGUGUACCUUAUAGGAUUCUACUGGAGAUGGUUGUACGUCGCAGCCAGGACCGCCCCGCGCGAUUUCAAGGCUUUGUGGUGUUAUAUUAAGAUUUUGAGGUUAUCAAGAACAUUCACUAAGAAGAAAUGGGCAAUGCCAGAUAUUUUCCAUCAAAUGGUAAAAAAGCAUCCCGACAAAGCGUGCUUCUUAUUCGAAAACGAAACGUGGACUUUCAAACAGGUGGAAGACUACAGCUUGAGAGUUACUGCUGUACUCAAAGCACAGGGCGUUAAGCGUGGAGAUGUAGUCGCUGUGAUGAUGAACAACUAUCCCGAAAUGCCGGCUAUCUGGCUCGGCGUCACUCGUAUAGGCGCUGUUUCCCCCCUCAUCAACACUCAUCAGGCAGGCAACACUCUCCUUCACUCAAUCAAUGUUGCAAAGUGUGAUAUCGUGAUCUACGGAAGCGAGUUCCAAACAGCCUUCGAUGAAAUAUCUAAAGAAUUGAACCCGAAUAUUAAGUUGUUAAAGUUUAUACGCCGUCCCCUGAACACUUGCGACUCUAGCGUGAAAAUUGUAGAGUCGGUUAAUGAUUUCACCAGCAUGCUUGAAUCCACUACGCCUGCCCCGUGGUCUUUGGCCGAUGGAGAUGGCUUCAAUGGAAAACUGUUAUACAUCUACACCUCAGGAACUACAGGAUUGCCUAAAGCAGCUAUUAUAUCUUCCUCGAGAAUGGUGUUCAUGGCAUCAGGCGUCCACUACUUAGGCAGUCUGCGAAGAAAUGACGUCAUUUAUUGCCCUAUGCCCUUGUACCAUUCAGCCGGCGGUUGCAUCACAGUCGGGCAAGCGUUCAUAUUCGGUUGCACUGUCGCAUUGAGGACAAAGUUUUCGGCCUCUGCAUACUUUCCAGAUUGCAUUAAGUUCAACGCAACGGUUGCUCACUACAUCGGUGAAAUGUGUCGGUACGUGUUAGCAACACCUCCCUCAGCCACAGACAGACAACACAAAGUACGCACAGUGUACGGCAACGGAAUGAGGCCUUCAGUUUGGCCUGAUUUCGUAAAGAGGUUUAACAUUAAAAGGGUUGUGGAGUUUUACGGAGCUACUGAAGGCAAUGCGAAUAUAGUGAAUGUCAACAACAAAGAAGGUGCGAUCGGAUUCGUGUCGAGAAUAAUUCCCGCUGUGUAUCCCAUCGCCAUUCUCAAAGUGGACGAGGACACAGGAGAGCCGAUCAGAAACUCGAAAGGAUUAUGUCAGUUGGCAAAACCACAUGAGCCCGGAGUGUUUAUUGGUAAAAUCCAACACGACAAUCCUGCAAGAAUUUUCCUGGGAUACGUGGAUAAGCAGGCGUCUGACAAGAAAGUCGUCAGAAACGUGUUCCGAUUCGGCGAUUCGGCUUUCAUAUCAGGCGACAUCCUGGUGGCGGACGAGCUCGGCUACCUGUACUUCCGCGACCGCACCGGCGACACGUUCCGCUGGCGCGGCGAGAACGUCUCCACCACUGAAGUCGAAGCCGUCGUCUCGAGGUUCGCGGACCAAAGAGACGCUGUGGUGUACGGCGUUGAGAUUGCUAAUACUGAAGGCAGAGCUGGCAUGUGCGGCAUCGUGGAUGCAGAGGGCACGCUCGACCUAGAUAAACUCAUUAAAGACAUCGCCAAGGACUUACCCAAGUAUGCGAGGCCAGUGUUCAUAAGAGUCAUGCCCAGCGUCGAUAUGACUAGUACGUUUAAGCUGAGGAAAGUCGAUCUCCAAAAGGAGGGAUACAACCCAGCUGUGGUCAAGGACAAAUUAUAUUAUCUAGAUCCAAAAUUAGAUAAAUAUGUACCUUUAGGUCAGGAAGAGUUCGAUAAAAUCCAGGCGGGACAAAUUAGACUGUGAUUUAAAUUUUAAGAUUAAUUUAUUUUGAUAUUCACUUAAAAUGUACAUUCGGGUAAGAUAUGCCUUUGUAAAAAUAUAUUAUUUAGUUUUGUAAGAGUUAGAAAUUGGUCUAUAAUUAUAGUUAUGAUAUAUUUAAUAAAUGAGUUACUAUUUUGACAAUAGGUCAAGUGGGAUAUUUUGUAAAAAUCAAUAUGCACCUUAAAACUUUAGUGAUAAUGACCAUCAAGUUUGUUAAAACAUUGCAAUGAUAAGUGAUGAAAAUAAAUUAAUUUAUAUUAAAAUUCUAUAGUAAUAGACAGAAUAAGGCCCAUCACUGUAAAAGACUGGCAAUAAACAUAGUUUAACAACUGCCCAAACUUUAUAUGUGAGAAAUAAUUUAAAAUGGUUUCUGCUAGAACAUUUUUUGGUUGAUAACUAGUUAUAUUUUUGUACUGUGUCCGCUCAAUUACGACUACUACUCUAAAUUAAAUCACAUUUUUCAUUUCAUCUCUUGACAUUUAUAAAUAUUUAUUUAUCUUAGAAUCGAGCUGUCCAAUUUUUUUUUUAAAUAUAUGGGUACUUUAUCAUUUUGCGAUAACGUCUGUAGUAGAGCAGGCGACAAGCCGUCUGUGAAACUAGAUACUCGGUUUCGUUCCUGUGUAUAAAUAAGUUUUGUGGUUAUUAUUAGCAAAUUCAUGUUUUGGGUUUGGCUGUUCUAAAGCAUCAUUUGUCGUUAAAUGUUUUCCGUAAUCCUUUAAUCUGCUCACAAAACCAAAUAAGCAUUUUAUUGUAGAUUCAAAAUUAAUGUGUGACAAUUUAUUAAUUUAUUUACUGCAAAGAAGUAUCAAUAGGACAUAGGCAGUCUUACUUAUUAACUUGUUUUAGCCUUAAGACUCAGUAAGACUUGGUUAAGAAUUGUUUAAAUAUCUGUCAAAGACAUCACCGGUUUCCUCGUAUAAACUUUAUAGAUCGUGAAUUUGUGUUUUAACUAAGCAUAGUUUUGCGAAUUUUUUAUAAGUAAGACUGAUUUUCCACAAACGGCUUUUUAUGUGACAGAAAUUCUUACCUAAAUAAUUUUUAUAUACUUACUUGGAUAGAACUCAAAAACGAGCCUAUUGAAACAAAUUGUUUAAUUUAAAGAACUUCAACUAUGAAAUUUUUAAAAUUUUAUUUUAUUUACAUUUUACCUACACUUGAUAUGAACGCGUUCGAAACAUAAAUUCUACUUCAUUGGAACUCACCAUUUAAAUUUAUGUAAAAAAAAAAAUUAGUUAAUUAUUUAUUCCACCUCCUUUGACGAAUCAAUGAAAUUAUUUCUAUGGGCUACUUUGCCACGACACGACUUUAUAGUUUAUAUUACUUAUAAAUGGAGGGGUCUAAAAUUAUACUUUUAAUAUACAAUCAUGUUGAAGUCGGUUGUAAUUUGUUCGAAAUAAAUGACCAGCGGCCAUACAAACAGCGGA